AGAAGAAGAAGAAGAAGAAGAAGAAGAAGAAGAACAGUAUGGCAGCAACAGAUGCCUGUAAAGUGAUUGUUUACGGAGGGAAGGGGGCUCUGGGAUCAGCAUGUGUGCAAUACUUUAAAGCUAAAAACUGGUGGGUUGCUUCAAUUGAUCUUAAUGCAAAUGAAGAUGCCAAUGCCAACGUCACUGUUAAGAUGACCGAAUCCUUCACCGAGCAAGCCAGCCAGGUGACAGCUGAUGUUGGUGAGCUGUUAGGUGAAGGGAAGGUUGAUGCCAUCUUGUGUGUGGCUGGAGGCUGGGCAGGGGGCAGUGCCAAGGCCAAAACUCUGUAUAAGAACGCUGAUCUAAUGUGGAAACAGAGUGUGUGGACUUCCAUGAUUUGCAGUCACCUAGCAACCAAACACCUGAGAGAGGGGGGUCUGCUUACACUGGCAGGGGCUAAAGCAGCACUGGGUCCGACAACAGGAUACAUUGGUUAUGGUAUGGCUAAGGCAGCAGUACAUCAGUUGUGUCAGAGUCUGAGUGGGGCAGAUAGUGGUCUUCCCCCAGGAUCUGCUGCAAUUGCAAUACUUCCAGUAACUUUAGACACGCCCAUGAACAGGAAGUUCAUGCCAGAUGGUGAUGUCACUUCCUGGACACCGCUAGAGUACAUAACCGAGCUGUUCUACAAGUGGACUACAGGAGAGGACAGACCUCCUUCAGGUACUUUGAUGCAGCUCAUUACAGCGGGCGGAAAGACGGAAGCUACACAAUUGUUAUAAUCAAUAUAAUGUGCGUGCAAUCAAAACAUUCAAGCCAAUUACCAUUUACAGUCAUUACUUUAGUUCUACUUCAUCUUAAUGCCUUAUUGUUUACUUGUAAAUGCCAUGUCCACAAAUACUGUACAUUCUGUCCCUUAUAAAUACGGUAAAUACAUAUAAAUGUUGAACAGAUUGUUUGAAACACGUGAUAAAUAACAAUGAAACUAAUUGUUUUACUCUGAUUUCUUUUUUACACCUACUUCAAUCCAAUGUCCUUUUGCCAAUCACACUGACUGUUUCUCACCAUUGGAGGGCGCUGAUGGUUAAUUUAAUAAUUCAAAAAUGUGACCAUGGCAUGUACAGCCUGGAAUAGUGAGUCAGCGUUGAGAAAUGCUGCAUUCUAAAAGUAAUGUAGCAUUUUAGGUUGACUAUUAAACGUUCAUUUUCAGAUGGCUCAGUAUGAGCCCUGUUUUCUGUUUGUGAAUUGGGCUUUAUUGUAACAAAGUAUCCUAAGUAGAAUAAGUUGUUACAGAAAUUAGCUUGAAAAGUGAGUUUUCAUAAAAUAAGUCUUUAAUUGUGAGUUAUUUAGAUUAAAUGGGAAAAGGUAAUUGGAUUCUAGAAAUUAGAAAGCCACUAGAAAAUAUCAAUCACCUAACAACAUAAAGAAAUAUGCGUUAUUUAUAGACUAACUAUAUAAAAUGAUUUCCACAUUAUUAGAACACUACCCGACAAAUACACUAUUGUAAUCCCCCAUUAUUGUAAUACAUAUUAUUAAUUUUUCAGUAUUUCCAAAAUAAUAAAAUUGCCAUUUUUAACACAAACACCAACAGUACAUAAAGUGUAAAACUGGUAAUUGGUAAGGGCUUUCUCUUUUUAGCAUUUUAAACCGUCUUCAACACUUGCCUGACAACAUUGUUGAGUUCCCACUAAGUCACUGUACAAAUGACAUGUACAGAGAUGCCUGUUGCAUUGCAUACUGUCAUAUCAUGAGAAAAUAUUUAUAUUUCAUUAAAUUUAUUAUUCUAGGAAGGAAUUUUUUGUGUAAGUAUGUUUUUAAUUGAAAUAUAAUGUGUGCUUUUGAAUGUGAAUUAAAGCGUCUUUACACAACCAAGUUAAAGCUGCUGUGAGCCUGCUCAACAUUUUUUAAAAAGAUGCAUAAAAGCCAGACAAAAUAAUGCCUGCUCUGACCCACCUCAGCGCCUAGUAUCAAAAGCAGUUAUGCUGCUUUGGUUCUGUGUAACUAAAAUGCAGCAUCUGAGCAGCUUUAAAUUUUGUUGUAGUCAUUGUAGAGCAUAUAUUACAUAAUUUAUGGUUUCAUAUUUAAAAGAAUCAUAUCUUUUUAUAUUUCACAUAUCACUUCAGGUACAGUUUAUUUGCAGUGUAAAGAUGGCUGUAAAUGUGUCCUCAUGCAGGAGACACUUCUUUAAAUCUUAUUAUUCAUUAAUAUUAAUAUUCAGUUUGACAGCCAGGAUUUGGUUCAUGGCCAGAAUGAACAAGACAUAGCUGUAAAUGUAUGGCCUUGUAGUUUUUAGAAUUAUUUUUAAAAAGUCACAAAUCAGUGAAAAGAGUCAGAGACUGUUGAGUGGCAUAAAACGGGAGGUCAACAAGGAGAUAAUUAUGCUUUCAGAUGAUAGCUUGACCUCUGUGUAUAAAAUGCCUCUGUCUCUGCAAUCAUCCCUCUGUACAUUGCUUUAAUGUACAUACAUUGAUGACUUCUCACUCUUAUUGCUGCCUUGGCAUAUGAUGUGUUAGGAUACAGUGUCAAGAUGUUACAUGAGUAUUAGGUGAGUG